AACCAGUAGAGUGAGUUUUUCAGAGUUCCAAGACGUCAGUCAAUGGCAAUGGCGUUUGGCGGGACGAAGAGUGGUGGAAGAGUGUGAGAAAGAGAGGCGAGAGUCUAUGGAAUGGAACUGAGCUGAGGCACUGAAACAGGUUCGUUGCCGCUGAGAGCUCGGGUACUCGGGCAUAACAAAAGAACGGCUCGAAUGGAACGGUUCGUGGACGCGCGUCGUCGUUUGAUUAAACGUUUGUUCGAAUUGACAAAAAAUUAUAUAUACAAAUAUAUACAUAUAUAUAUCUAUGGACAAGAAACAAUUUUUCUAUAAUUUUUUAUGCCGGUUGCGCGGACAAUUUCGCGUAGUGUUCAAAUAAACAAAACAAAACCAACAUCAACAAAGAAAGUCAAUAAGAGAAAAUCUAAAGAAAGUAUAUUGAAAAUAAUAAUAAUAAUACCCCAGAAUGCAAAAAUUGUGAAGAAAAAUUGUGCUUGGUGGGUGAUAAAAGAAAGUGAAAAUUUGCCAAAAAUAUGUUUUAGCAUGGAGUGAAAGUUUAUGAGAAAGAAAAGUUUUUGAAAAUCUACCUUACCAAUCCCCUAAAACGACUAAAAAAGAGAAUCCAAUUUCAAACUGAGCUGACUUAUUUUAACUGAAUAUGAGCUCAUUCCUCAUGGGUUAUCCGCAUGCCCCACAUCAUGUCCAGAGUCCCAUGUCCAUGGGCAAUGGACUCGAUCCGAAAUUUCCACCAGUGGCCGAUGACUAUCAUCACUAUAAUGGCCAUUAUUCUAUGACAGCCUCGACGGGCCACCAUAUGGGUGCAGUAGGUGGUGCCAAUCUAGGAAUCGGAAAUGGCGUCGGUGGCAGCGGCAACGGAGGAGGUGGAGGGCUAAGUGGCGGCUCAGUCAUGUCUACCUCCAACCACCCGCAUUCAACGCAUCCGGCGGAUAUGGUCAAUGACUAUAUGGCCGCCGCUGCACACCAUCACACGCACACACACAACCACCCGCCGCAUUCGCAUCAUCACAGCAAUAGUGCUCUGUCCGGCCAUCAUCAUCACCAGAAUGCCGGCUACACGAAUUAUGUCGCCGCCGCUGCUGCUGCUGCCACUCCGCCCACACAUCAUUCGCAUCAGAGUCUGGGAUACUAUGGCCAUCAUGCGGCAGCGGCAGCCGCUGCUGUGGCCGUUCAUCAUGCUCCGGAAUAUAUAUCGGCUGGAGCUGUCCACACAUCGGACGCAACGCUGGCGAAUACGGGCUAUGUGGGGCCGUCGGUAAAUAAUGGAACUUCAACGGCUGUGACCAAUUCGAAUGGAUAUUAUGGUGGUUACUAUGGCACCGCCAAUGGCGGCAGUUUGGGGAGCACACCUCAUUCCCAAGGACAUUCGCCGCACUCACAAAUGAUGGAUCUGCCCCUGCAAUGUUCGUCAACGGAACCGCCAACGAACACCGCCCUGGGGCUGCAAGAGUUAGGUUUAAAACUAGAGAAACGGAUAGAAGAAGCUGUACCUGCCGGACAACAAUUGCAAGAACUUGGAAUGAGAUUACGCUGUGAUGAUAUGGGAUCAGAAAAUGACGAUAUGUCAGAUGAAGAUCGUCUUAUGCUCGAUCGAUCGCCAGAUGAACUGGGUUCGAAUGACAAUGACGAUGAUCUGGCUGAUUCCGAUAGUGAUGACGAUCUGAUGGCGGAAACAACGGAUGGUGAACGCAUCAUCUAUCCAUGGAUGAAGAAGAUUCAUGUGGCGGGAGUUGCAAAUGGUUCAUAUCAGCCUGGAAUGGAACCAAAACGCCAACGCACCGCCUACACACGCCAUCAGAUUUUGGAAUUGGAAAAGGAAUUCCAUUACAAUCGCUACCUGACACGCAGGCGACGCAUCGAAAUUGCCCACACAUUGGUUCUGUCGGAGCGUCAGAUAAAAAUCUGGUUUCAGAAUCGUCGCAUGAAGUGGAAGAAGGACAACAAGUUGCCCAAUACGAAAAACGUGCGAAAGAAAACCGUCGAUGCCAAUGGCAAUCCAACACCAGUAGCCAAGAAGCCCACGAAACGGAUCAGUGCUAAACAGAAACAGGCUCAACAGCAACAGCAGCAGCAGCAACAGCAACAGCAGCAACAUCAGCAACAGCAGACAACGCCCGUGAUGAAUGAGUGUAUACGUUCGGAUAGCUUGGAGAGCAUUGGAGAUGUUAGCUCAUCACUGGGUAAUCCACCUUAUAUACCAGCUGCAGCUGAAUCAGCCUAUGCAGGAUCUCAACAACAUGCCAAUAGUAACAACAAUAACAACAACAACAACAAUAAUAAUAACAACAAUAACCUCAACAACAACAACAAUCAAAUGGGUAUCCAUGGACACCACCAACAGCAACAGCAACAACAACAUCAGCAACAACAACAACAAUCCGAUCUCAUGACCAAUCUGCAGCAACACAUCAAACAGGACUACGAUCUGACAGCUCUGUAGAAUAAUUUUGCAAUAUCUUUCAAUUUUAGUCAGUAUAUAUGUAUAUAUACGAAAAAUAUUUGUAUAAUAUUCGAGCUCCUUGUGUUUAAAUUUUACUUAAUUUUGUGUUCUCAUCUUACCUUGCCGAACAAACAGUACACAAAAUCUGCAAGGUUAAUUCGGAGUAUACAGUGAACAAAAUUAGUUACUUAAGUGUUUAACGACCACUAGACAGAAGAAUUCUUCUAAUAGACAACCUCCCCUCCCUUCCUCUACCCACUCUCCCGUGAACCACAAAAUGUUGUACAAUAUAUUAGCCGUACUUAAGCAAUUAGAAUUAAUAUCAAUUUGUAAGUUUGUAUAAAGUUUAGUCCGAUUCUGUCACUAAUCGUAAGUGGUAAAUUAAAUAAAAUAUAAUAUUGUAACAAAUCUAUAUAAGAAUAUCUAUAUAUAUAUAGUUGGAUCUGUUGUAUUGUAGGAAUGUGUAUGUAAGUU